GGCCACGGGGCGGGGCAGCCUGCUGGCCUGGCUGAUGCUGGCAUCCGCGGGCGCCGCAGCCUGCCCCGAAGCCUGCUGCCCCCACGGCCCCUCGGGGUUGCGCUGCACCCAGGCUGGAGCCCUGCCUAACCUCCGCUACCUGCCGGGCGCCGAGAACCUGACGGAGCUCUCCAUCGAGAACCAGCCAUAUCUGCAACGUUUGGAGCUUGAUGACCUGAGGGACCUGGGCGAGCUGAGAAAUCUCACCAUCGUGAACAGUGGUCUCCGUUUCGUGGCGCCAGAUGCCUUCCAUUUCACUCCUCGGCUCAGUCACCUGAACCUCUCCUUUAAUGCUCUGGAGUCUCUCUCCUGGAAAACUGUCCAGGGCCUUGCAUUGCAGGAACUGGUCCUGUCGGGGAACCCUCUGAACUGUUCCUGUGCCUUGCACUGGCUGCAGCGCUGGGAGGAAGAGGGGCUGGGCAGAGUGCAGGAGCAGAAGCUGCAGUGUCCGGGAGAGGGGCCCCUUGCCUUCAUUCGCAAUGCCAGCUGCGGUGUGCCCACACUGAAGGUCCUGAUGCCCAAUGCUUCAGUGGACGUGGGGGACGACGUGUUGCUGCGGUGCCAGGUGGAGGGCCAGGAAGUGGAGCAGGCCGGCUGGAUCCUCACGGAUCUCGAGGAGUCAGCCACAGCGAUGCAAUCCGGGGGUCUGCUGUCCCUGGGGCUGACCCUGGCCAAUGUCACCAGUGACCUCAACAGGAAGAAUGUGACAUGUUGGGCGGAGAAUGAUGUAGGACGGGCUGAGGUCUCUGUCCAGGUCAAUGUCUCCUUCCCGGCCAGCGUGCAGCUGCACAAAGCAGUGGAGCUGCACCACUGGUGCAUCCCCUUCUCGGUGGACGGGCAGCCGGCGCCCUCUCUCCGCUGGCUCUUCAACGGCUCCGUGCUCAACGAGACCAGCUUCAUCUUCACCGAGUUCCUGGAGCCUGCGCCCAACGAGACGGUGCGGCACGGCUGCCUGCGCCUCAACCAGCCCACCCACGUCAACAACGGCAACUACACGCUUAUAGCCACCAACCCCUCCGGCCGGGCGGCCGCCUCCAUCAUGGCCGCCUUCAUGGACAACCCAUUCGAGUUCAACCCCGAGGAUCCCGUUCCUGUCUCCUUCUCGCCAGUGGACACUAACAGCACAUCGAGAGACCCUGUGGAGAAGAAGGAUGAAACACCUUUUGGGGUCUCGGUGGCCGUGGGCCUGGCUGUCUUCGCCUGCCUCUUCCUUUCUACGCUGCUCCUUGUGCUCAACAAAUGUGGACGCAGAAACAAGUUUGGGAUCAACCGUCCUGCUGUGCUGGCUCCAGACGAUGGGCUGGCCAUGUCCCUGCAUUUCAUGACGUUGGGUGGCAGCUCCCUGUCCCCCACCGAGGGCAAAGGCUCUGGGCUUCAAGGCCACAUCAUCGAGAACCCACAAUACUUCAGUGAUGCCUGUGUUCAUCACAUCAAGCGCCGGGACAUCGUGCUCAAGUGGGAGCUGGGCGAGGGUGCCUUUGGGAAGGUCUUCCUUGCUGAGUGCCACAACCUGCUGCCUGAGCAGGACAAGAUGCUAGUGGCUGUCAAGGCGCUGAAGGAGGUGUCAGAGAGUGCCAGGCAAGACUUCCAGCGUGAGGCCGAGCUGCUCACCAUGCUGCAGCACCCGCACAUCGUGCGCUUCUUCGGAGUCUGCACUGAGGGCCGCCCGCUGCUCAUGGUCUUUGAAUACAUGCGGCAUGGCGACCUGAACCGCUUCCUCCGGUCCCACGGGCCUGAUGCCAAGCUGCUGGCUGGCAAGGAGGACCUGGCUCCAGGCCCCCUGGGCCUGGGUCAGCUGUUGGCCGUGGCUAGCCAGGUCGCUGCGGGAAUGGUGUACCUGGCGGGCCUGCAUUUUGUGCAUCGGGACCUGGCCACGCGCAACUGUCUGGUGGGUCAGGGGCUAGUGGUCAAGAUCGGCGAUUUCGGCAUGAGCAGGGAUAUCUACAGCACCGACUAUUACCGCGUGGGAGGCCGCACCAUGCUGCCCAUCCGCUGGAUGCCUCCCGAGAGCAUCCUCUACCGCAAGUUCACCACCGAAAGCGACGUGUGGAGCUUCGGCGUGGUGCUCUGGGAGAUCUUCACCUAUGGCAAGCAGCCCUGGUACCAGCUCUCCAACACCGAGGCGAUUGAGUGCAUCACCCGGGGCCGUGAGCUGGAGCGGCCACGUGCCUGCCCACUCGAGGUCUACACCAUUAUGCGGGGCUGCUGGCAGUGGGAGCCCCAGCAACGCCACAACAUCAAGGAUGUGCAUGCCCGGCUACAAGCUCUGGCCCAGGCGCCUCCCGUCUACCUGGAUGUCCUGGGCUAGGGGCCUGCCCAGGAACUGGGGAUGGGGAGCUGGAAUGCUGGGGCCUGCCCUCAGUAAGUCCUGUAGCUCCCAGCACCCCCAGGGUGAUCACAAAGCAUCUAACUCACCCUCAGCAUGCGGGAGGGGCCCGGUGGGGGCUGGGAGUGGAGGAUAUUCCUGCUUCUCUAAGGCAGGGUUCCACAUAGUAAUUAUAUUUAUUAUCCCUUG